GCGUUGGGACAGGGGCGGAACCCCAGGUGGUCGGGACAGGCUGUUGCGGGAGCGCGCCCUCAGCGAAGCAAGUAAGGCAUCUCACUGGGAAAGUCGAAUGUGUGUUACAGGCGGCCGCCGCCGAGGCCGGUUCCGAAGAGACCUCAGCAGGGCAGGCCAGGGCCUACGCGAACGCCGACCCUGAAGAGCGCGGGGACAGGGAACUGGAGCGUUCCUCCCAGCCCGCGACGUCGCGGGCCCAGUGUCCCCGUCCAGGCUGGUUGGGCGCACGCGCGGCCCCACUCGCCCCCACGCGUGCGUCCCCGCUGAUCCCGCCCCCGGCCGGAAGUUCCGGCGGCGGAGCUGGGCCGGGCCCGAGCGGAUCGCGGGCUCGGGCUGCGGGGCUCCGGCUGCGGGCGCUGGGCCGCGAGGCGCGGAGCUUGGGAUCGCAGCCCAGGCCGUGCCGCGCGGCGCCAUGAAGGGCAAGGAGGAGAAGGAGGGCGGCGCACGGCUGGGCGCUGGCGGCGGAAGCCCCGAAAAGAGCCCGAGCGCGCAGGAGCUCAAGGAGCAGGGCAAUCGUCUGUUCGUGGGCCGAAAGUACCCGGAGGCGGCGGCCUGCUACGGCCGCGCGAUCACCCGGAACCCGCUGGUGGCCGUGUAUUACACCAACCGGGCCUUGUGCUACCUGAAGAUGCAGCAGCACGAGCAGGCCCUGGCCGACUGCCGGCGCGCCCUGGAGCUGGACGGGCAGUCUGUGAAGGCGCACUUCUUCCUGGGGCAGUGCCAGCUGGAGAUGGAGAGCUAUGAUGAGGCCAUCGCCAAUCUGCAGCGAGCUUACAGCCUGGCCAAGGAGCAGCGGCUGAACUUCGGGGACGACAUCCCCAGCGCUCUUCGAAUCGCGAAGAAGAAGCGCUGGAACAGCAUCGAGGAGCGGCGCAUCCACCAGGAGAGCGAGCUGCACUCCUACCUCUCCAGGCUCAUUGCCGCGGAGCGUGAGAGGGAACUGGAAGAGUGCCAGCGAAACCACGAGGGUGAUGAGGACGACAGCCACGUCCGGGCCCAGCAGGCCUGCAUUGAGGCCAAGCACGUGAGGGUGCCCCCCACCCACAUGUGGGUCUGUGUGUGUGCGCGUGGUGUGGGAGCAUCCCCGCCUUGUGUUGGGUCUGUGCCCCAUGGAGGAGGGAGGCGGGGUGUCCCCCCCAAGCGCAGCACUCAACUCAACUCUUCACAGGACAAGUACAUGGCGGACAUGGACGAGCUCUUUUCUCAGGUGGACGAGAAGAGGAAGAAGCGAGACAUCCCCGACUACCUGUGUGGCAAGAUCAGCUUUGAGCUAAUGCGGGAGCCGUGCAUCACGCCCAGUGGCAUCACCUACGACCGCAAGGACAUUGAGGAGCACCUGCAGGUGAGGCUGCGGCUGGGGGGAGCAGGGCCAGUGGCAUGGUCCUGGGCCCCAUGACUGCCCUCUGCCCUUCUUGUCACUGCAGCGUGUGGGUCAUUUUGACCCCGUGACCCGGAGCCCUCUGACCCAGGAACAGCUCAUCCCCAACCUGGCUAUGAAGGAGGUUAUUGACGCAUUCAUCUCUGAGAAUGGCUGGGUGGAGGACUACUGAGGUUCCCUGCCCUGCCUGGCGUCCUGGUCCAGGGGAGCCCUGGGCAGAAGCCCCCGGCCCCUAUACAUAGUUUAUGCUCCUGGCCACCCCGACCCCUUCCCCCAAGUUCUGCUGUUGGACUCUGGACUGUUUCCCCCUCUCAGCAUCGCUCUUGCUGGGCCGUGAUCGUCCCCCUUCGUGGGCUGGAAAAGCAGGUGAGGGUGGGCUGGGCUGAGGCCACUGCCGCCACUAUCUGUGUAAUAAAAUCCGUGAGCACGA